UUCGCUGCGUGAUCUCGGCAGGCACGCGAGUACGAUUGCCGCAGCGAUCCGUCUCUUUCUCGCCUGCACUCCCGGUUCGUACAAGGACGUUCCCGACGCCCCGCCGUUCCUUCUGCCGUUCGGCGAUAUUUCCAACGCCUGCGCUGCCAUCACAACCUCUCCGCUCUGGACAUCCCUCCACACUCCGGAAUCAAUCCCCUACGGCCAUCUGUUCUAUCGUCCGUUGUCGACCCUUUUAUCCAGCUAUCUGCAACUGUCACGUAAAACUCCUGGCACCUCUCCGGACCUUUGGAUAGCCCAAGCUCUUGCCAUUCUGUGUCGGCACUUCCCGGGAGACGACGAGCGCGCGCAAGAGACGGCGACCCAAGUGAUUGAGGCAGUCACUUCUGACUUCCUCCGUGCGCGCGGAUGGUCUGUUCCUGAGGAGAUCUGGGACCGCGGAGGCAUGGACAUCAUCGUUCCUUUCCUCACCCACUCCCUGCGACCGAAAGGAGAGCAGCAGAUCGGGCCGACCUGGAUGACGCCCCAGUCUAUCUCGACCGCGACGACACAACGUCUUCCACCCUUGUCCUGUCUGCAGCCGAAUGACAGAAGGCAGCAACCGCUACCUUUGACGAGGGACUGGGUGUUCUGUCCGCUGGAUCAUCUCUUGCGGUCGGGCGAGUCGGAGGUAUUUCAAGAUCUACCGUCGUCGUGGAACGCGUCCGAGGCAGAGGUCGUACGCGCUACGCUACUCUUCGUCUGCGUCAGCCAGGAAGUCCUGCACCACCAUCACCUGGACAGCUUCCUCAUGAGCCGCGAGGAAGUCAUCUUUGGGUGCAUGAAGGUCUUCAUGCUCGAGCACGGGCAGCAGCAGGACGACUCGUCCGAGGAGGUCUUCCGCGACGGCAUCGUCGAGCGGUACAUGUCCGAGAUCCUCGCACCGUUCUCAGCAUCCGCAGACGCCAAGACGCUCAAAACGCCUCCUCCCUCCAUCCACACGACGGACAGCCUCGACGUUGUUGCUAAGCGCUUCCUCGGUGCUGGAGUGCCUUUCUAUCAGUGGUACACAGACUUCGUCGGGCUGUACGACGCGAUCUCCUUCGCUCAUCCGUUGUUCGCGCGGCUGCUCUUGCCUCCGCUGAACAUGCGCUACCCGUCGGACUACCGCCAGUAUCUCUGGGUGGACUAUAAUCACGUCAUGCGCACCGUGCGCACGCCUCCUGAGGAGGCUGUCACGGGCAGCAUCGCGGAGUACCUGUGGCCGGUCGAGACGGAUGCGGAGAUCGUCGGAGCGUAUCUUCGGGCACUAGUGAAGGGGCCGUUGGAUGGCUUUGUCAGACUCAUUGCCGUGCACCACGUCGCGUGCAAGAUCUGGCCUGAUCUAGGUUCGGACGGGGAGGAGAAGGCGGUCAAAUUGCUGAAGGCGCUGGUUGACCAGGGUAGUUUCGACGCGAUAAGGGAUGUUGUGUUGUACAGGCAACACAGGGAGGGGACGAUCCUGCUCCCGCCGGCGUGCUAUGAGGAGCAGGGUUCGUGGAAGAGUUCGAGGCUGGAGUUCACAGGGAAGUGUGGCGAGGAUGUGCAGGAACGGUUGAAGAAUUUGUUAGACGAAUCGCAGUAGAGUAGUCAGGCAAAAGAAUAGUCCAUCUUGUAUGUGAUAGUCUUGUAUCCUCCGAGUCACGCGAUGUAGAGUAGUUACACUUUGUAUCACGAACCACGACAGUAAUCCCAGAGCCAAAAGUUACAAGACCUAAGGAAUGACCACUACACAAGCACCAUGACAUUUCGAAAGCA